AUGGAGAUGGAUGAAGAUAUGGAAAUCGAACCGAUGGUAUUUGAUGUGAGAGAGAUCGAUCUGGAGUACGAGUUUGAUGCGUCUCGGUGGUACGAUUUUACUCGGUUGGAGUUACCGGCGGAGUCUCAAGCCGCCGAGUUCUGGUUUCACUCUGCUCCGUCGUACCAACCCUCUCCAUUCGCAACAAAACUGUUACUUAGAGAAGAGGAGGUUUGUGAUGACAAGACCGAGGCAUCGACAAGAUCAGAGGAUGUCGAAGUCGAAAACGAUAGAGGAAUUUUUCAGCAUUCAAGUUACUUAGCCACAGAUUUGAAUAAGACAGGAAAUGGAAUGCGUUCUGGGAUUUUUAGCUCCCUACAAGGUAGUAAUUUGAAGAAAACUCCACAUCAGUCCAUAUGCAAAGGACCAACGGUUAGCAAUCACAAACACACUGACAAACCGAAAUUCCGUUCUAAGUCAAGCAUCAGGUCAACUCCAAGGAGCUCAACGUUAAUGAGACCUACUGCUAGCCAGUUAGCAAAACAAAAUAAUGCCAGUAGAUUACAUAUGCAAGUUGAUCCAAUUCAUGAGAAAGGCGUUUGUGGGACAUCUGGGACCGAUGUUCAAGCGGCUAAAAGACAGAAGCUUGAUGGAGGUCUUCUUCGUAAGGUUGCUGAUACAAAGCCGGAGAUGAAUUUUAUCCACAAGGCACCCAAGAAGGAUCCAACUGUUGAUCGAAACACACAGCAUGCCAGGACAAAGAUUACUAUCCCACAUGAGCCUGAUUUUGCUACAUCUCAGAGGGCUAACAGAAUAAGGCAGAAGAACGAUUCCAAGUUAGAAAAGGACUCUACAGCUGUAUAUAGAUUUAAAGCACGUCCAUUUAACCGAAAGAUAUUUGAUGCUCCCUCGUUGCCCAUCCGGCAAAAGAGUACUCUAAAACUACCCGAAUUCCAAGAAUUCCGUUUCAAGACUUCAGAGAGGGCUAUGCAACAUUCUUCAGCAGUAACAGCAAGAUCUUAUCAGGGGAAUGAUGUGUCUAAGGGGCCAGACAAGUCUAAUACGACUGGUGUGCUUGACGGUGUUAACAGGGAAAGUAGGAGACCAAGCGCCAUGGAUACACCUAAGCAUGACGUCUCGGAGGGAAACCACGUUUUUAAAGCUCGUCCUCUGAACAAGAAGAUACUUUCAAGCAGAGUAGACACUGGAGUUUUCAAAAAUAGCAAGCGGGAAACAACAGUACCUUUGGAGUUUAGUUUUCAUUCAGAAAAGAAAGCUCAACCAGAUUUACCCACAGACCUUUUUAGUAAGCUCUCCAUCAAAUCUGAGCUUCAGCCAAACAACGGAGGAUUUCGUAGUAGAUUUCCUCAACCAAAGGGCUUAAAGGAAAAUAGAGUUAACUCUUUCCAAGCAGGGAAUGAAAUAACAAGAAUGGCAGCUGGAAAACCAGCUGGACAACAGAUACAAUUCGGUAAUGGCGGAAUAAUUCCUGAAACAAACCAGCAAUGGACCAGUACACGGAGCUUAGGCAUUCGCUGA